ACAAACGAGCGUCACAACGAGAAAAGUCAAUAUAUCACACAGCUCAGCUCAAUGAUAGUCAUCCGAAAUGCAAACCACAACUCUCUCCCUACCUAGAUUGCGAAACUCGAUCGAUCCUAUCGAUUUGAUUUGAUUGGCACUUUUACUUGUCAGGAAGUUGGAAAAUAUGGAGUCUGAGGUGCUAUUGUUGAGAGACUACGCCACUAGACAGAUCAAUGCGUUGCUGUGGGUAUCUCUCAUCGCCAUCACCGUUCUCUUGCUCCGAAAAGUUAUCAGAAUCUUCAGACUAUGGUCCAUCGCCAAUCUCAUCCCUGGCCCUCCUUGCCCCUCCUCCUUCUACGGCCACUCCACUCUCAUUUCUGGACCUAAUCUUACCGACCUUUUAUCAAAAUCACAUGAGGAAUAUGGACCAGUCGUCAAGCUAUGGUUAGGUCCUACUCAGCUUCUGGUGUCAAUAAAGGAUCCAGAACUCAUCAAAGAGAUGCUCUUGAAGGCUAAGGAUAAGUUGCCAUUGACAGGGAGGGCAUUCCACUUGGCCUUUGGAAGAUCAAGCCUUUUUGUGUCUUCUUUUAAAGAGGUGCAGAAGAGAAGGGACUUAUUGGCAACAGAACUAAAUGGGAAAUUGCUCCAGAGAGCAAAUUUGAUUCCAACAAAAGUUGUGGACUGUGUGAUGGAAAGAAUCCAAGAUAUCAUGUCAAAAGGGAGUUUAGACUGUAAAAUGGUUUCUCAACAUUUAGCUUGUACUGUCUUGGGAGCUACACUAUUUGGGGAUGCAUUUUUGGGUUGGUCUGAGGCAACUAUUUAUGAAGAACUUCUCAUGAUGAUUGCUAAAGAUGCUUGCUUUUGGGCCUCAUAUAGUGUUACUCCUAUCUGGAAUCAGGGAUUUUGGAGGUACCAAUAUUUAUGUACGAAGUUGAAAUCAUUGACUCAGGACAUAAUCCAACAGUGCAGACAAAAUUACAAGCUAUUUUGCCAAAUGGAUCAAAACCCUCAUCAUGAAACAAGAAAUACAGUUGGUGGAGCUGCAUCUGCUGCAUCACAUUCUGCUAAUGUUGUGACGCCAGAUAACAUAUUCUUACAGGAGUUUGAUGAUCAUGUUAAUGCAAGAGAACCAUGUGGAAAUAUUAUGAGUGUGAUGUUUCAUGGUUAUCUAACUACCGCAGGUCUGAUUGGUAACGUCUUAGCAAGGCUUGCAACAAACCCAGAAAUACAAGAUAAGAUUCACUCUGAGAUAAUUAUGGUGCGGAAAGGUUCACUAGGUCAAGACCAACAAAGUGUCAAGCAGAUGCUCUUUUUAUUGGCCACUCUAUAUGAAUCUGCUCGGCUUCUUCCAGCUGGGCCCUUGCUACAAAGAUGUUCUCUCAAACAUGACUUCAAUCUUAAAACAGGUGUAAUGAUACCAGCUGGAGCAAUACUAGUCGUGCCAGUACAGUUGGUGCAAAUGGAUGAUUCCAGUUGGGGAAGUGAUGCUAACCAGUUUAAUCCAUACCGUUUUCUCUCAAAGGCUGAAAAGAAAUCUAAUAUCGUCAACGUAAUGCCAUUUGCAGAAGAACGUGUGGAUGUGGGACAGGGCACAUAUGUUUUAAACGACCCAAAUGAAAAUGCUGCAUUUCUUCCAUUUGGAUCUGGUACACGAGCCUGCCUUGGCCAGAAAUUUGUAAUCCUUGGAGUUGCCACAUUAUUUGCAUCAUUGCUCGAACACUAUGAGAUAAGGCUUCAACCAGGUUCUGAGAAUGACCCAAAGCCGAUGAUGAAUCAGCUUCUCCCCAACCCGAAGAUAGUUUUUGUGAAGAGGGACAGUUGAAUAAAUAAGCCCCUCAAGGAGUCCCGUGUUCAUAGGAAUAUUUAUGUUCCAUUUUUAUACUGGGAAAGACUACAAAAUAUGGAUAUUAAAAAAAAAAAAAUUCCUUCGUUAAUGGGGGAAUGCCAACUUUUUUUUUUUUUUUGGGGUUCAUCCACUAGUCAAAAUGGAGGAGUACAUGAGUAUGAAUAAACUCAUGUUUUAUUUUUUUUUGGUCCUCCCUGAUAUGAUGGCCCAAAUGAUGUGUUUUUCUACACCACAAUAGGUUUUAAUGUGGGGAGGAGUAGGUGACAUGAGGAUGGUUCACACAACUCAUGUUUAUUCCACAAUGACUUGAAUGCCCCACAGAAGGGUUUGUGAUUAAUUUUUGAAGCUUUGGGCUGUUCUAUUGCAAAUGGAGCCCUGUGGUUUUCUUCCCCACCUUUGAAUUUGAGAUGGUGUGUUUUCUCUCUUCCACCUUUUUUUUUUCUCUCCCAAGGGAGUUAAUGUAAGCUUGUAAUGCUAUGGGGGUGUACAUUUAACUCUACCAAAUUGUUAUUUUUAUGAUAUUGAAUCUGUGUGUCCAAAUGUUAAACUAUGUUACAAAGCCUGAAAAAGUUAUCUCAGGAUCUGUCAAAAAAUAAAGUGUGGCUCCUGUAACUUUAAAUUUGAAUUUA